AUGGCUACACGUCGCGCAUUUGCAACCUCGAGGUUUUACAGUCCUUUGCAACGCCUUCAAACACGCUGCUAUAGCCGAGGCGUACAUCCCGACGAGCUUGAAAAGCUUCUAGCAGAGCCCACAUGGUCCGUUGAAUCUCUCCUACCACCAAAGACGCGCGCUUCCGACGCUCCUCAGAUCACCUCGCAGCAGCUUCAUCAUCUACUACGCCUAUCCGCUCUCCCGCCACCAGAAACACCCGAACAAGAGCAGAAGAUGCUCGACACACUGGCAGCACAAUUACACUUUGUGGGCAAGAUACAGGACGUGGAUACAACGGGUGUAAAGCCUCUUCGGGCGAUACGUGAUGAGUCAAAGGCUGCGGAAGAAGAGCAGACUAUCACCUUGGAGACACUAAAGGACGCCCUGGGCAAAGAGAAGGUCGUAGGCCAGCAUCACAAGCGGUUACAACGAGAUGCUACGCCGGUUGACGCUCAAGAUGUUGAGGACUGGGAUGUGCUGGGCUCGGCUGAGCGAAAGGCCGGUAAAUAUUUUGUUGUCGAGAGCGAGAGGCCGCAGGAAUAA